AUGGAAGUCAAUAGAUCAAGAUCGAUAUCGACAGCAUCCAAGAGUUUUAAGGGCCGGCCCCAUUCAUCUACUACAAACUCAAUGGACUCAGCACAGUCCGAGACUUUGAACAACAUUUUGGGGGAGGAUUCGCUGACUCAACUGCCAUGGGGCAAGAUCAAGUUAGAAAAUGAGGUGGACUUGGAGAAACAGCUAAUAAUCAGUGCAGGAGGAAAGAGGGAGUACGUAUGUGGGUUCAUUUUAAAGCUACUUCUUUUAGGAACUAUGGUGUUGGGCUGCUGCUUUUUAAUAUUCAAGGCUCUUCAGGGAGUGUAA